AUGAACACUCUCAAAGAUGCAAUGAAGGAGAUGGAGGGCUCGCAGUGCGGGACCUCCAGUGCGGAGGCGGCGGAGGGGGUUGCGGACGGGGCUCAUCUGGGCUCUGGAAGCGCCACCGCCGUCGGCUCCGGCACACAGGCGGAGGCGGUGGGUGCAGAUGGGGCUCGUCCGGGCUCCGGAGGCGCCACCGCCACCGUCUUAGAGAAAGACUCCGCGCCAGCGGCGGGCCCUCUUGGCAAGAGGAACCGCUCUGGUGCGGAGAAAAGGAGGGCCAAACGGGAACGAGAAAGGUCUCAGUGCGGGACCUCCUCGGACACCGUGACCCGCCUAGUAACAACGCCGAGGGAGAGGGAGGGGCACGCCAGCAGCAAACGCCGGCAGGGCUCCACGGAUACUCCCCCUUCGGCGGAAGGACCCGCUAAGAAGCAUAGGGCUCAACAUACUGGGACCUACGCCGAGGCGGCGGACCCUUUAACAAGUGUUAUCAUCCCCGAGGGUUAUCCCGAGGAGGAAAUUACUGCUGAGCGGCUGGCUCUUUUGAAGCUGGCCGUCAGCAGGGCAAUCAGUGGGAAGGACCCAUUCCAUGCUUCCGCCGUACCUUCCUUAAAGGAGGGGCCGCGGUAG